AUGUCCCUGGCCAAAAAGCUCAAUAUUCCUGAAGAUUCACCUCUGCGCAAGGCCGAAGCUAUUCCUCUCCUAUUCCCUCCUCCUCCUCCACCUCCAAGUCAAGCUGAAGAAGAAUCUGAAUCUGAGUUUGAAGAUGAGGAGGAAGGUGAGGAUGAGGCUUUAGUAAGGAAAUCCAAGGAGGCUGUUGGGCCUAAGUCUCCUUCUCUGAAUGAUCAGGUCUUGGACCUGACUCAAGAUGAUGAUGGUGAUGCAGUUGCCAAGGAAACUACUCCUGAACAGGCCUCAUCUGACGUUCCUCCAACCGAAAAAAGUCUUGAUGAAACCCUUGCGCAGAUUAACGCCGAAAUCGAGGCCGAAAAGACUGCUGAAGUAGCUCUCCAGGAAUCAGCCGAGGUAGUUCUCCAAGAAUCGGCCGAGGUCCAGUCUCAAAUUGCGCCUGAAGUAGAAGAAUCAUAA